AUGGAACGAUAUCCAACUUCCACAGACGUGGUGUAUCCUGCUUCCUUGCCUACUGGCUCAAUCUUGGUUGAUCCUGCUGCAGAACGGAUAUUUUCAAUGGAAGUCUCUGGCAAUGCUCACAGUAUUGUGAGAGCUCUGCUUAAUGCUGAAUCUGCUAGGGGAUGCGACUUAUACGUGUCGCGGUUUCCCUGCUCGCUUUGCGUGAAAAUGGCUGUCCAAGCUGGUGUUCGCAAAAUCCACUACUUUCCAUCGGAGGAUUGGGAAUUGGGAAACCUUGAAAACGACGCGGAUAUGACGGCAUCCCCUCUUCGAUUAUCUCUUUUACCAUCUUCAGCCAUUCCAUGGCAGCACUUGUCUUCAUCACCACCAGCGUUUCAUUCACCGCCAAAGGGAAACGAAAACCUCACAUCAACUCCUCCAAGGCCGGAAACAAAACGUGAAAAAAAUAUAAAGGCCGUACAAAGACUUAUAUCAAACAAUCCGAUUGGACUCUCAAUGUAUGUCCCGUAUUGGGUAGGAGAUCAUGCAACAGAGAGUGAUUCUGGCGGUAUGGAACUCGAUGAAGGACAAACCCUUGCGUGGGCUCUGGAUGAUUCAAUUGCCUCUAGUCCCGCCAUCUACCCCAAUUAUGGACCAAUCAAGACACGAUUCAAUUAUACUGCUACAGUCCUACAAGCUCUACAAGAUCGAUAUCAGGUACCGUGUCGAAAAGUAGUUGGCGGUGUUGAUGCUGGAGUGGUUGACGCAUCUGAGUUGUGGAAACAUGCAAUGGUAUUGGCACAUAUCGCCUCUAAACGAACAGAUGAUCCAAAGGUCGGUGUUGGAGCUGUAAUCAUCAGUCCCAGUGGAAAAUACGUGGCGGUGGGAUGGAAUGGAUUUCCAAGAAAGUCCGCAAUCCUUGACUAUCCAACCGGGGGAUCCGAUGAUCUUCUUGAAACGGAUGAUUUAAAGUACUCAUACAGUUUGCAUGCCGAGCAAAACUGCUUACUGAACAAUCGCGCUCGGGGUUUGUCGCUCGAGAAGUCUGUUAUAGUGACGACAAAAAUGCCCUGUGAUGAGUGUUCUCCCAUCAUUCGAGACUGUGGCAUCAAGACGGUCAUAACAAAUCCUCAAAGGACCAAACGCCCUGAUGACACGAGAGGCCUUCGAUAUGAUAAGAUCAACGGCCUAAUGGACGAGAUUUACACGUUCGACGUGAAGUAA